AUGGCUUCACGAUCCGAACAGUCACCCUCUCCACCCCAUGAUCUCUCUGCGUCUCAAUUGACCAUUCCCUCCGACUCCGAAGCAUAUUCCUCAUUAUCUCCCCCUUCUUCUUCGCCGCCUCAAUCCUCAGACAACAACGGAACUCAACCGGUGAUAAUAUAUCAACCUCCCACAAUCUGGGGGAUCUUAAGAGGAGCUGCCAUAAAUCUUCUAUUGCCCUUUGUCAAUGGCAUGAUGUUAGGUUUUGGUGAACUCCUGGCUCAUGAGUUUGCCUUCCGGUUAGGUUGGAACGGGACAAAUGUAUGGCCCCGUCACCGGAGCUCUCAUUCGAUCGGACCGGGAGUCGAGGUGAGGGAUGACCCGGUCGGACGCAGAAGACGGAAUGUAUCAGACGAUACAGCCGCCGCGGCUUCACUGGAGUAA